CUGAGACUGGUGUUUCUGCAAGUGAUGAGGACUUAAUGGAGUCGGUUUUAAAUGACUCAAAACUCCUUGAGGAACAGUUAGAGAAACAGAGGAAAAUUGAGGAGGAGUUUGCAGAGAGAAAAAGCUUUCAAGCUGAUGCUGAAAAAGUUGAAGGCCUAAACCUUGAUUCUGCAAGUGCUGAAGACUUGGGUGAAUUGACUGUUUUCAAGAAUGAGUAUGAAGAGAAAGAAAAACUUAAAGCUGAUAUUGGAGAAGCUGUAUGCCUAAGUCUUGAUUCUUUUGAACACAAGUAUGGACUUCUACCGGCUGAAGUGACUGAUGGCAGCUUGAGGGAACCUGCAAUACACCAUUUUCUUAUAGUUCAGGUUGCAAUAUCAUAACUAGUUGAUACUAGUCCUUUUACGAUAACAAUUCUGCACUGUUCAUCUACUAUCUGACGGCCACUGUUUUAGGUGAGUUAGGAUAAAUUGCAAGUGUUUUCUCUUUACUGUGUGAUUGUUUGUUUCAUUGUAUUGCAGUCGUUUUGGAGGUUAAGAAAGCUUCACGAUGACUGCAUGAGUAAAUCAAGGCUACCUCACACACACGAGGGAAAUCCAUGCUUUUAUUGCGCUAGUGAUGAUUCAGUAGCUGUCACAGGUAUCAUCCGAAGAAUUAUGCCACAAUUGGCUUCACAAGUUACACUAGCUUCAGAAAAAUGCCCAAUUCCGACAAUCUUCCAUGAAUCGAUAAAUGCAAUAUCUGUUCCUGCAAGGGUGCAUGAAUGUGAAUUGAAAGAUGAGAUUGUUGAAGAUGUUCUGGAGAUCUAUGAAGAGUUGGCAGCUGAUAGGAAAAUAGAGAAUGAAGCUAAAUAAGAAGACCUUUAGGGACAAAAGAUAGAUGACGUUGUAGCACACCUUAAGAUGAUGAAACAUAUCAAUUUGUAUUAGAUAAAACUGUACCUGCAAGACUUCUGAUAGAGUAAAAAGAAGUGUGAGACAUUUUCGAA